CAUCAUGUAGAUCCUGCUAUUGGUGUCUAUAUCAUUGAUAGAUUUACAUAUUUUUUAUUGGAAUUCCUUGAAAAAGUGAAACCUACAAGUAAAAAUACACUGGGAGAGCUGUUUAAUGUAUGCCCACCAUCUAAAUGUAUAUCAACUGUGGGAACCAGAACAGAUCUCUUUCCACGUGACAUUAAAAUGGUUUUAAUAACAGACUUCUUUGGAUCAGUCCGCAAUGUGGAAUUGAACACAUCAACUAUUAGUCUAGUGAAACCUAAUAAACCACUCAAAGAUACCACCAGAGUCAAGAAAUCAGCUUCAAUGAAAUUUGCAUCUCAGAUUCCAAAACACUAUAAAGCAGACAAGAAAAAGAAUGAAAAUAAAACCAGGUUAUCUCCACAGUUUGUGGUUGCAUUUGGAAUAUUUAUGGCUGUUUCUUUGUCAGCGUCUGUGUCGAUAAUCAAAAUUUGAGUAUUAUUACUGCAGUAUCACAGUGUUGAGUUAUAUUGCAGUGGUACCGGUAUAGCUAUUCAGAAUCUCUUACAGGUUUACAGUGUUUUCGUAUUUAAUUUUUGUCUUUAAUAGUCAUAUGUAAUAAAUUUUUAUUUGGUCUUAUAUGUAGUUGAAAUAAAUAUGUAAUAAAUAAUGGAUUUGUGAACCAAUAUUUCAGAGAAUUACCAACGACUAUUUGUAAGUUUCAGUGUUACAUGAAGUUUUUUACAAAAUAAAAUCCAUUGUAUUGAGUUAAAUAAAAUAUUCAUCAAUAUAUA